AUCGUCUCGUCGGUUCUCAGGGCACGAUGGUGAACUACAGCGUGGAACGCGUCGACCGUCUCACAGACGAGGAGAUAGAAGCGACCGUCGACGCCGCCGUAGCUGCUAUCAAGCACUCCAACUCAGCCCUCGUUAUGAUGGGCACGCGCGACGAAGACAGGCGCCGCUACUGCCGAGCGGUCAUACGCGCGUGUCUCGCGGACGGCGAUCUUCUCUUCGCGCGGGAGGACGGGUCCAGGCGUGUGGUGGGUAUGGCGGUGUGGUUCCCGCCUGGGAGGAAGAUGAAGUCGAGCGAGAACAUGAAGGCAGAGUUCGACAGCUUCGUGGCGAAGCUUCCGCCUGCGCCGAAGAUGUGGUGGGAGGACCCCAAACAGAUAUACUCGAAGGCUACGGGGCCUUUCCUGGCCGAACAUCUCGCACCUUACGGCGUCGUCGACUCUUGGUACUGCACAUGCCUAGUCGUGCACCCAGAUUUCCAGCGUAACGGAAUUGGCUCUAGUCUGAUUGAGGCUUACAUCGAGAAGCUCUAUACCGACGAUCGCGCGAAAGACUACCCACAGGUCGCUCUGUGCACGGAUACGGACAGAAACAUUGAGUUCUACAAGAGGCUCGGGUUUGAGCUCAAGAGCUCCACAACAAUUCCUACGCCACUGGACGGUGUAUUUUAUCCGGUACAUUGCAUGUCCCGGUGUAUGUCCCCAUAGCCAGUGUCGAGAAGUGCAUUCGCCCAAGAGAACGUGGUUGUGCGGGCUUUCUGCCGGUGUGCGUGCAGAAGCGAGAAGGCGAGUUCGAAGGGGGAUCGAAGGCGCUAGGCCGAGAGUAGAGUUUUGGGGAGUUUUGAGAUAGUAUAGAUGAGUGAUCGCGGGGAAUAAGAACGACGGCGGCGAACGAUUGAAACGAAAGAGACGUCAAACGAAGGGAGUGCGAUUCACUGAGGUAACUAGAGCGAAAUACAUCCAGUAUCUAUACUAGCGAGCUGCAGAACGAUCUGAGACGUAUCUAGAGGCGUGUAAAGCGUAUGUUCGAGGCUGUACUACUUCUAACUGUUGUAUCUUUACGUGUCUGGUCGUUUGCGCGAGGCCUGCGCGCGUAGAAUGCACUAAACUAAUGUAAGUAUAACGUAACAGAGAGAGAAUGAA